CUGAGGAACUGUCAAAAAGAUAAAUAGCGAAAUGCCAUUUUCAAGAAAAUAGUAAUCUAUUAUUCAUUCAUUCGUCAAAUAAACUCGGAUGUAAUGUGUGUUCUACAAGUCUUUGAUGCAGAAGAAGAGAACAAGGUGUCUUGAUAAAAACGUGAAAAAGCUCGCGAUUUGAUAACCCCGAGAUAUCAAAUUCAUCGCAGUAAAUUUUAAUCGCUAUUUUCUUCACACGAAUCGGCUAAUUCGGCAAAAAUUGAAACUCGAGAAGAAUGGCUUGUCUUCUGUUUAAUCAGGAAGAUGUGGAUAUUAAAAUUCCCUCGAGUGAAACAGUCGAUAGUGUCACUUUUUAUACAAUUGAGGUUAGGAUCGCCUCAAUCAAGUGGACCGUGAAACACAGAUACAGUGAAUUUGCUGAUCUGCACGAAAUUUUAGUUGCGGAGCACUGUGUCGAAAAAGAUAUUCUACCGCCAAAAAAGCUAAUUGGGAAUAAAAAUGAAGUGUUUGUUGAAAAAAGAAGAGUUGGCCUCGAAGUUUAUUUAAAUGCCGUAUACAAUUAUUUAAAUAAAGCCAUGCCAAGGGAAUUUGCCCUUUUUUUGGAUUUGCACGUUUAUGAUAUUUUCUUCUUGCUGCAAAAUAUGGCGCUUCAGUUUUUUACAGAAGGAGACGCUUUACUACAAUCUUCAAAAAGCUACACUUUCAAUCCUAUUCAGCUCUACGCAAUCAGUGAACGACUGAAACAUCCCUGCCCGCCACUCGAAGUGGUCGACAAAAAAUACGACUUCAGCCACGUCCUGGACCUGAAUUCCCAGCUCACCACCCUGACAAUUCAAGGAAGUCCAGAUGCCUACGGAACGAGCAACAUCAAUCCCUCAACGCUCAGCAUCGAGCUCUCGAAUUUCAAGAGCGUCGAAAGUCUGACAAUCGACUCGUACCCCCUCGAGAAGAUCUACAACAUGGGCAAUCUCCGAGACACUGUCAAGUUCCUCAACGUCCACAGGACCAAACUUCGGAACAUUGUCGAACUGGCCAUGUGCGAGGAGGUCCACAAACACAUCGACAAUGCCAACGACUCCCACGUCUGGCUGAAAGUCACUCGUCUCGAUCUGAGCGACAAUUGCAUCGAGACGAUCGACGAGGCCAUCAAACUGAUGCCACACAUCGAGAUCCUCACUCUGAACAACAACAGACUCCAGGAAAUUGCGAAUGUCACUCUUCUGCCGAGACUCUCGCAACUCUCUCUCGCCUCGAACAGUUUCAAGAGUCUGCCGGACGAUCUGCACACGAAACUGGGCCAAAUUGUCCACUUGGAUCUCUCGCAAAACAGCCUAAAGUCGCUCGCGAGUUUCGCGAAACUCUAUUGUCUCGAGGAGUUGGACGUGAGUUGCAACCGGAUCGCGAACAUCGAGGAAGUCAAGUACAUUGGGAAUCUGCCGUGUUUGGAGAAUCUGAGACUCACUGGAAAUCCGGUCUCGACAAUUGUCGAUUACAGGGUGAAAGUGCUCGAGCCUUUCGGGAAAAGAGCGGCUGAUAUUUGUCUGGACAAUGAGAGGCCGAAUCAGAAGGAACUGGACACGGUUUCCGUUCUCCAGGCGCUCAGAAUCGCGAGAGAGGGCAAAUCGCCCAUGUUUGGUGGGACUGACGCUCCUCUAUUUUCGGCGGAGAUACCGAGUAUUUGAGAAUCGAGGGAAGACUGAGGAGUUUUUUUAUUUUUUUUAUUUUUUAUUUUCUUUUUUUGUAGAGUCUUCCGCAUUAAUCUUGAGUGUUGAGAAUUCCUUUCUAAUGAGUGGAGAAAUCAGGAGAAAAGUUUAGAGGUAAAGUUUGAAGAGAUUAUGAAUGUUUAUUGUUUAUUGUUUAUGGAAGUUGAUAAUUUAUUCAGUUUUGGGAUCUUCAGGGAUCACAGUCGGUCCUUUUUCUGCUUCUGAAAUU